UCAAUGAAUCCUCCACUUGAGCUUAUGUAAAAAAAUUUUCCUAGAAAUGCAAAAAGCAAUCAAAUUUGUCAGGCCACCAGAAGCAGCUUUAUCUCAACUCUCUCUCUCUUCUAACCCUUUCAUAGUAAUGAUUCCAUAGCCUUUAUCUCUCCAAGUCUUCACUAUAAAAUAUAAAUCCAGGCUUCAAUAUACAUAUUUCUCUCUCUCCCUCUCUCUUUGGCUCUCCCACCUGUUCCAUGCUUGUGCCUCUUUUUCGCUUUCCCUGUGUAUGUAAAACUUCUGCAACAUCUCGGCAGAGGUGCAGAAAGUUUUGUGUCUCAGAUCCCAAUAUACUGCACCACAGCCCCCUAUCUAUCUCCCUCUCUUCCACCACUAACAAGAAACCACUAUUGUUUCCCUCUCUUUCUUCCCUACACUACCCAUUUAACACAGUAUCACUCUGAAACACUAGGGUCUUUCUUGUGGUCCUCAAAAGAAAGAAGCCUAUCCAUCUUUGCUUUCUUUUUAAUUCCCCCUUUUGUUUUUGUACACUCUCCCUUCGUUACGCGUAGAUAUAUACAGACAUAAUACAUAUUCUAUUAGUCCUGACUUACAAAUGCAAGAACAAAACUUGGGCAUCAUGGGUAGUGAUAGUGGUAGUGCACUUGGUGGUUUAAACAGUGGAAGAGAAGUUUCUAUGUCUCCAUCCGGUGACCAGACUCGCCAACUCAAGGCAGAGAUUGCUACCCAUCCACUAUAUGAGCAGCUAUUAGCAGCUCAUGUUUCUUGUCUUCGAGUUGCUACACCGAUCGACCAGUUGCCUCUUAUAGAUGCUCAGUUAUCACAGUCUCACCAUAUUCUUAGGUCUUAUGUUUCACAGCAUAAUCAACAUGGCCACACUCUCUCUCCCCAUGAGAGGCAAGAGCUUGACAACUUUUUGGCACAGUACUUGAUAGUAUUGUGUAGUUUCAAGGACCAACUUCAACAACAUGUCAGAGUCCAUGCUGUAGAAGCAGUCAUGGCCUGCCGGGAAAUUGAAAACACUUUACAAGCUCUCACCGGUGUAACUCUGGGUGAAGGCACAGGUGCAACCAUGUCUGACGAUGAGGAUGAUCUGCAAAUGGAUUUCUCUUUAGAUCAACCCAGUGCUGAUGGGCAUGAUCUUAUGGGGUUUGGUCCUCUUCUUCCAACAGAAUCUGAAAGGUCCCUGAUGGAGAGAGUUCGACAGGAAUUGAAGAUUGAAUUAAAGCAGGGCUUUAAAUCAAGAAUUGAAGAUGUGAGGGAGGAAAUAUUAAGAAAAAGAAGGGCUGGAAAGCUUCCAGGUGAUACAACCACAGUGCUGAAAAAUUGGUGGCAGCAACACUCCAAAUGGCCAUACCCAACCGAAGAUGACAAGGCAAAACUUGUGGAGGAGACAGGCUUACAACUGAAGCAGAUAAAUAACUGGUUCAUCAAUCAAAGGAAGCGAAACUGGCACAGCAACUCUCAAUCCGCGACAUCUUUGAAGUCUAAGCGCAAAAGGUAGAGAAACCAAGUUUAUUUGGGUUCCCAGAAGAAGACUCCCAACGAAGAAGUUUAGUUUUUUUAUGUUGAUAUAGGUGUGGUGUGAUGUUGGGGUAAAUACUACUUGCUAACAACCAGGAACUUGUAAUAGAUGAACUAGAUAUAGCUUACACAUAAGGUUGCAGAUUCUUAUCCUUAACAGAGUAAUCAUAUUCUACUGCUUCUCUGAAA